AUGAAGAUACAGCCUCUUAAGUGCACUGGAGAUGAAGCCAUUCAGAUUCCACAGGAAUGGCAUCAGGAUGGAGACCUUCUCGUUGGUGCAUUGAUGUCUCUUGUUCAAUACAUGUUUCCCAAAGUUACUUUUGAAAACCAUCCAUCUGAGGAAUUCGUUGACUUCCCAUUUGUGACAACCAAGUUCUACCAACACGUGUUGGCUUUAGUGUUUGCUGUGAAAGAGAUCAACAAGGAUCCUCACAUCUUGCCCAACUUCACUCUCGGAUUCCACAUCUAUGACAGCUACUCUGAUGCACUAAUGACCUAUCGUACCACUCUGGACCUGCUUUUUAAGUUGCACAAAAUUGUCCCCAACUAUGUUUGUGGGACUGAAAAGAAAGUUAUGGGAAUCAUUGGAGGGAUGAGCCCUGAAACUUCCAUACGCAUGGCAGAGAUUCUGCAGCUUUUCAAGAUCCCACAGAUUUCAUAUGGCUCAUUUCAAUUAGCAGCGACUGGUGAAUCACGUUUCCCCCCUUUUUAUCGCAUGGCCCCCGAUGAAUCGCUCCAGUACGAGGGUUUAGUCCAGCUCCUCCUGCACUUUGGAUGGAGAUGGGUGGGAUUUGUCAUUUUAAAUGACAAACAUGGGGAACAGUUUAUACAAACUCUGGAACCCAUGCUCUCUCAAAAUGAAAUCUGCUCCGAAUUCACCGAAAGGAUUGACAGAAAUUUAUAUUCCUCCAAAAUAGUGGACAUAGCUGAACGUUGUCAGAGGCACAUCACAUUGUUCACAGAGAGAACUGCAAAUGCAGUUAUUGUACGUGGAGAAAAUACAAUCUUCAUGUGGCUGGCCUCUAUUCUACAGGCCACCCAUUUUUUUCUUCCAACCCCUUUGGAUUCUCCAGAGAAAAUUUCCAUGCAAAAAAUAUGGAUCACAAUGGCCCAAAAUGAUUUCACAUUACAUUCCUUACAAAGAGCUGUCGAUAUGCAAGCAUUCCAUGGGGCUAUUUCCUUCUCAAUUAGCACAAGAGAACUUCCAGGUUUCCAACAAUUUAUACAGGCCGUCACCCCAUCUGGGGCAAGUCAAGAUGGCUUUAUUAGAGAUUUCUGGAGCCAAGCUUUUUGCUGCUCACCAGCAAAUCAUGGUGUUUCUGAAUAUGAGGAAUGUACUGGAGAUGAAAGACUAAAGGACCUCAUUGCCCCCUUCUUUGAAACCAGCAUACUUGGUCAUAGUUACAGUAUCUAUAAUGCAAUCUAUGCUGUGGCUCAAGCAUUACAUGCUGCUCAAACAGUGAGGACUUAUCAGAAGAUACAAAAGAACAGAGAUCAAGGACAAUCAGAGAUUGUAGAAGCCUGGCAGAGAAUUUUUUUCAACAACAAUGCUGGAGAUGAAAUUAAAUUCAAUGAAGAAGGAGCCCUAGAAGCUGGAUUUGACAUUGUAAAUUUGGUUACUUUCCCAAAUAAUUCCUAUAUCAACAUCCCAGUUGGAGAGAUAGAUCAGCAAGGAGGAAUGCUCCGUAUUCAUCAAGACAAAAUCCAGUGGCAUCAUGGAUUCACUCAGGGGCAGCUGCCUCCUCCCUCCUUAUGCAAUGAGCCUUGUCCUCUUGGAAAAAGAAAGAACAAGAUUGAAGGGCAGAAGUUUUGCUGCUACGCUUGUGCUCCGUGUCCAGAAAAGAUGAUAUCCAGACAAAUGGACAUGGAGAAUUGUGACAGUUGUCCAGUUGAUCAGUUUCCAAACCAAGCUCACGAUGAGUGCAUUCCAAAGACAAUGAAUUUCCUCUCCUUUGAAGAGCCAUUAGGCAUUACUCUGGUGUCUCUGUCUCUUCUUUUUUCCCUGCUUACAGCUUUGGUGUUUAUAAUCUUCAUUAAGCAACGGGACACUCCCAUUGUCAAAGCCAACAAUCGCAACCUCACCUACGUUCUUCUUAUCUCCCUCUUUCUCUGUUUCCUCUGCUCAUUUUUGUUCAUUGGACAGCCCAAUAAAGCCACCUGUCUCCUCCGACAAACAAAUUUUGGUAUCAUCUUCUCUAUUGCAAUCUCUUCUAUAUUGGCCAAAACCAUCACAGUUGUUGUAGCAUUCUUAGCAUCAAAGCCAGGAAGCCUAUUCCACAAAUGGGUGGGGCAAAAGUUGGCCUAUUCUAUUAUCUGGUUCUGCUCCUUUAUUCAAGUAAGUAUUUGUGUCACCUGGCUGAGUACAUCUACUCCAUUUCCAGUUUUAGACAUGGAGACGCUCUAUGGAGAAAUCAUAAUCGAAUGUCAUGAAGGCUCCAUCAUCAUGUUUUACUGUGUCUUGGGCUACAUGGGCCUCUUGGCUCUUCUCAGCUUCACUGUGGCCUUCCUGGCCAGGAAGCUGCCAGACAGUUUCAAUGAAGCCAAGUUCAUUACUUUCAGCAUGUUGGUUUUCUGCAAUGUUUGGCUGACCUUUGUCCCCACAUAUCUGAGCACCAAAGGGAAGUAUGUGGUGGCUGUGGAGAUCUUCUCUAUCCUGUCUUCCAGUGCUGGCUUACUAGGAUGCAUCUUCAUCCCCAAAAUCUAUAUAAUUAUACUGAGGCCUGAGCUCAACACUAGAGAGCAAUUAACACAUAAGAAAUAG